AUGAGCAGAGGACAGACUGAGGUCCUGGGGCUGCUGAUAGCACUGACAAGCCUGCUGCUGCUAAUCGCUGCUGCUGGAAAGGACUGUUGGAGGCAAGGAGCUAAAGAUCAGCUGACCUCAGUAGGUCUGAGUUUCCGUUGUCGAGGCCUGUGGGGAGAGUGUGUUCAUGACAGCCUGGUGGGUCUGAGGACAUGUGACGUGUCAGUGUCCUACAUGGAGAAUCUGCCAGCUGAUUUGUUGGCUAUGCGAGUAGCCUUGGUGGGGAUGUGUGUUCUGUCUGUGCUCUCCAUCCUGAUCAUGAUACCUGGCCUGAGGUGCACUACACUGAUCCCCAGUGGACUGGCUCAGGGCAGGCUGCUGCAGGUCUCUGGCGCCCUCUGUCUGUGUGGAGGAGUGUGUGGUGCAGCUGGCCUGCUGUGGUAUGGAGUGGACACUUACACCACAUACAGACUGGAAGCGACUCUGGGGAUGCCAGGAAUAACGUUUGAGUUCGGGCUCUCCUACUGGUUGAUGCUGGGAAGUGUGCUCUGUUCUCUCACCUCAGCUGUACUGGCAGUCAGCAGUGUGUCUCGUAUCAGUGAUGCCAUCAGGAUGCAACCGAAGUCAGCUCACAGUCAGCCGGCCCAAACAGACAUGUUACCACAGUCUACUUCAAAUGACAAGACUUACAUUUAAAAGGUCCCAUAUUGUAGAAAGGGAGAUUUUCAUGUCUUUUUUGGUUAUAAGGCAGGUCUAGGUGCAAUGUAAAUACUGUGAAAAUACCAAUACAGUAUUCCGCAAGUGUGCCUUUAAACAAGCCACAACGACAUGAUGUCAUGGCGUCACUGCCCUCCAGCAUGGUGUACCCGGACCCACUGUCUGUGUAGGCUACAAAAGCUUACUGCUGUGGUUGGCCUGGCUGUGCGUCAGAAAACCACAAAUAUACCUUCUUAUGGAUACCAAAACUUUAAAUAAAGACAGUAAAAGUGUAAAAUAUGGGAUCUUUAAAGCUUUCAUCAACAAAAUAUGUACCAUUAGCAUUAUAUCCACAUCCCAAUAUUAGAUCAUCUAUGCUUUUCUGUAUUAACAAUCACCAGAAUUGGUGUUCGCGUCUGUGCUACUGUUCAGUACAGAGCUCAUGUCUGCCCUCAUUUUACUUCUCAGUAUGAAUGACGAGUUUCCCUAUGAAAACAUGUUACAUUGUUGUAAUGAUGUUUACAGUCUCGCAAUAAAGGAGACAUUUUCCAGUCUCACAUUCCUAAAUUACCACGAUGAAUCAAACGCAUGUGCAAGACAUCAUCCAUCAUUCGAAGUGCUAAAAGUGGGAAAACACAUUCCUGUGUUCACUAUAAUGAUUUGGUUUCUGCUGCGAGCUUUGGUUCAUAGGGUUCAUUACAUAAGUAACCUCUGCUUUGUGCAUCACUUACUGUAAAAGUUCAUUUAUAAAUAUGUGCAGUGCCAAAUAUCCCAUAUCAGUAAAGAUUUAUCUCUGAUAAACAGAAAAUAUCUUUCACAUAGCUUGAGCAGGAAAAUGCUAUAUGCUAUAUAAAACAGAUGCUGAUGUAUAUGUUUAAUUUGGAUAAUUAAGCAUGUGCUAUGAAUCACAGUUGUUGUUAAAUGCUUCUGUAUAAUGGACAUACAUUUGGAGCAAAUGUCCCUGUGGAAACAUGUUUUUUUUUGCAUGAUACUCUUAAAUAGUGUGAAUGGUGCACAUCUGUAUUGUGGAACAGACCGUAUAGUCAUCGGUAGUGUAGGUGCAUCCGUACAUGUCAGGUGUAUGUGAGAUUUCACGUCCAUGCUCUGUUCCCAUCACUGGUGUCCUCACUGUGCACUUUUUCUCAAACUGUCUUAUUUUAACUCUGUAUACGAUCUCAUAGACAAGCUGUCUCGUAGACCGUAUAUUUGUACUGUUU